CCCCUUAUUUCGCUGCUGCCUGCCGCUGCCACGCACACAGCAGUGAAAGCUAGUUAGCAAGGGAGCUGCAGCCACCCCGGAUUGCAGUCACGACGAAUUCCCUCGCACCGCUGGGAGAUUAGCUUCUCCCGCGCCAUCGCCAGGCACCCAGGCACAAGGACUAGAACCACCAGGUGCACUCAACGGCACUACUACGACCACCACCACUCCUUCCGCAUCCGUAUAGACCUCAGAACCCACGCCAGAAUGUACGGAUCAGGCCCGCAGACCGGCAUCUCGACGCCGCGCUCGCAGGCCUCGCUGCGCCCGCUCGCCCUCUCCCACGGCUCGCUCGAAUACACCCUCCUCAUCCCGACCGCCCUGCACUUCAACGCCCAGCAACUGCGAGAUGCCUUCAAGGCGACCCUUCCCGAGCCCACAGAUGAACUAGCACAGGACGACGAGCCGUCGUCAGUACCGGAGCUGGUGGCGCGCUAUCUGGGCUUUGUCGCCAAGGAGGUCGAGGAGGGCGACGACCCAGACUCGUUCGAGGAGGUCCUGAAACUGGUCCUCACCGAGUUCGAGCGCGCCUUCCUCCGCGGGAAUGAGGUGCAUGCGCUGGCUGCCACCCUCCCGGGUAUCCUGGAGAAGAAGCUGAUUACGGUGCGGUCAUACUAUACCGCCCGUGCGGCAGCAGACCGGCCUGUCAAGUACCACGAGUCGGCGCUUCUUCGCGAGGCUGCCGACGAGAAUGCGUUCCUCUAUGCCGUCCUGGGAGGCCAGGGCAACAUCGAGGAGUACUUUGAGGAGCUCCGCGAGAUCCACAGCACAUACCCCUCGUUCGUCGAGGACUUCAUUGCCGCCGAAGCACAGCACCUGCUGACUUUGUCGCGGGAUCCGCGGGCGGAGAAGCUCUACUCCAAGGGUCUGGACGUCAUGCGAUGGCUCAACAACAAGGACUCGCAGCCGGACACCGACUAUCUGGUCUCCGCACCAGUCAGUUUGCCCUUGAUUGGGUUGACGCAGCUGGCCCACUACGUUGUCACGUGUAGAGUACUUGGCAGCCACCCAGGGCACAUCCGAAGCCGCCUAUGCGGUGUUACCGGCCACUCUCAGGGAGUCGUCACAGCAGCCGCCAUUGCUGAGUCGAAGAAUUGGGAAUCUUUCCAGCAGGCCGCUAAGAAAGCCAUCACCAUUCUCUUCUGGAUUGGUGCCCGCAGCCAGCAAGCCUACCCGCGAACAUCACUCGCCCCGUCAGCCCUGCAAGAUUCUGUCGACAAUGGCGAGGGGGCACCGACGCCCAUGUUGUCGAUCCGCGACCUCUCAAGGAAAGCUCUCCAGGAGCAUAUUGAUGCAACCAAUGCUCACUUGCCGACGGAGAGACGCGUUGCCAUCUCCCUCGUCAACAGCGCCCGCAACUUCGUUGUGACUGGUCCGCCAAUCUCGCUGUACGGUUUGAAUCUCCGUCUCCGCAAGGUCAAGGCUCCUACCGGCCUCGACCAGACGAGGAUUCCUUUCACGGAGCGCAAGGUCCGCUUCGUCAACCGCUUCCUGCCCAUCACUGCCCCAUUCCACAGCCCGUAUCUUGCCGAAGCUACGAAGUUGCUGGAAGAAGACCUCAAGGAUAUCAAGAUUCCAGCCAGCGAUCUCGGUAUUCCCAUGUAUGAUACCCAUACUGGCGAAGAUCUCCGCGACGAGGAGUCUGGCAACGUCGUCCCCAGGCUUGUGCGCAUGAUCACGAAUGACUCCGUCAAUUGGGAGAAGGCUACCAUCUUCCCCAAGGCCACACACAUUCUCGACUUUGGUCCCGGUGGUAUCUCUGGUCUCGGUGUUCUGACCAACCGCAACAAGGAUGGAACUGGCGUUCGUGUCAUUCUAGCCGGUGCUAUCGAUGGCCAGAAUCCCGAAGUUGGGUACAAACCUGAAAUCUUCGACCGCGACUUCGACCACGCCGUUACGUACGCGCCCGAUUGGGUCAAACAGCAUGGUCCUCGCUUAGUGAAGACGUCCACCGGCCAGACGUACGUCGACACCAAGAUGAGCAGAAUGCUCGGUCUACCUCCGGUCAUGGUCGCGGGUAUGACGCCGUGCACGGUCCCUUGGGACUUUGUUGCGGCCACGAUGAACGCCGGCUACGAGAUCGAACUCGCUGGUGGUGGCUACUACAACGAGAAGGGCAUGACGGCUGCUAUCAACAAACUUGAGCAGGCCAUUCAGCCAGGUCGUGGUAUUACCGUCAACCUCAUCUACGUCAACCCUCGCGCCAUGGGCUGGCAAAUUCCCCUCCUUGGCAAGUUGCGGGCUGAUGGUGUCCCUAUUGAGGGCCUGACUAUCGGUGCUGGCGUUCCUUCCAUAGAGGUCGCCAACGAAUACAUCGAGACCCUCGGCAUCAAGCACAUCGCCUUCAAGCCGGGUUCGGUCGAAGCCAUCCAACAGACCAUCAACAUCGCCAAGGCCAAUCCGGGCUUUCCGGUCAUGCUUCAGUGGACUGGAGGCCGUGGUGGCGGGCAUCACUCUUUCGAAGACUUCCAUCAGCCUAUCCUCCAAAUGUACAGCCGUAUCCGCAAGUGCGACAAUCUCAUCCUGGUCGCCGGCUCAGGCUUUGGUGGUGCUGAGGAUACCUAUCCCUACCUUACUGGUACCUGGUCGACCCGAUUUGGUUAUCCGCCCAUGCCGUAUGACGGUUGUUUGUUCGGCAGCCGCAUGAUGGUUGCGAAGGAAGCGCAUACCUCGAAGAACGCGAAGAAGGCCAUUGUUGAUGCACCCGGCCUUGACGAUGGUGCCUGGGAAAAGACCUACAAGGGCCCCGCUGGCGGCGUCAUCACUGUCCGCUCUGAGAUGGGCGAACCGAUUCACAAGUUGGCUACCCGUGGUGUCAUGUUCUGGCAUGAGAUGGACCAGAAGAUCUUCAGCCUGGACAAAGCUAAGCGGAUUCCCGAGCUCAAGAAGAUGCGCGAGUACAUCAUCGAGAAGCUGAACAACGACUUCCAAAAGGUCUGGUUUGGCAGGAACAAGAAGGGCGAAUCCGUCGAUCUCGAAGACAUGACCUACGCCGAGGUAGUUCAGCGCAUGGUCGAUCUCAUGUAUGUCAAGCAUCAGUCCCGCUGGAUUGAUCCGACCUUGAAGCGUUUGACUGGAGACUUCAUCCGACGAGUAGAGGAGCGAUUCAGCAAGGCGAAUGGUGAGUCCCUCAUCCAGACAUAUGAGGAACUCGCCGAUCCCUACCCCACCAUCCAGAAGGUCUUCGAAGCCUACCCCGAGGCGUCUGAGCAGCUCAUCAACGCUCAAGACGUUCAGCAUUUCCUCUUGCUCUGCCAGCGACGAGGGCAGAAACCGGUCCCCUUCGUUCCUGUUCUCGAUGACACCUUCGAGUUCUUCUUCAAGAAGGACUCCCUCUGGCAGUCGGAGGAUCUUGACGCCGUCGUGGACCAGGACGUUGGCAGGACUUGUAUCUUGCAAGGUCCUAUGGCUGCGAAGUAUUCAACCAAGGUCGACGAGCCCGUCAAGGAAAUCUUGGAUGGCGUUCACGGCGGCCAUAUCGAGUUCCUGCUCCACGAUGUGUAUGGCGGUGACGAAUCCAAAGUUCCCGUCAUCGAAUACUUUGGAGGAAAGCUCCCGGAAAACAACGAGGGCGUGGAGGUGGAUGGUCUCACCGUCUCCCAGCUGGAAAACAAGCUCGUGUACCGCUUGUCUUCAACUACGAACUCCACUCUUCCGGACGUCCAUUCCUGGCUGCAGCUACUUGCCGGAAACACCUAUUCCUGGAGGCACGCCUUCUUCACAGCAGAUGUCUUCGUCCAAGGACAGCGCUUCCAGAAGAAUCCGACCGCGAGGAUCUUCGCUCCCACUCCCGGCAUGAUGGUUGAGAUCUGCAACCCUAAGGAGCCAGCCAAGACUGUGAUCACCGUGAAGGAACCGCAUCAUGGCGGAAAGCACAUCAAGACCAUCGAGGUCAGCAUGACCGGCAAUAAGGAGAUCGUCCUUAACAUGUUCGAAGAGCGUACUGCACUCAAGAAGGCCGUGGCACUGCCUUUGAAGUUCGUCUACCGCCCUGAGUUCGGUUACGCCCCCAUCCAUGAGGUCAUGGAGGCACGCAACGACAGGAUCAAGGAGUUCUACUACAAGAUCUGGUUCGGUGACGAGGAGUGCCCCUUCGAUGCUCCAGUGACUUCAAACUUCGAUGGUGGACGGGCGACCGUUACAAGCGAAGCUAUCAACGAUUUCGUCCAUGCAGUUGGCAACGCCGGCGAGGCCUUUGUUGACCGCCCGGACAAAGAGGUCUUUGCACCUAUGGAUUUCGCCAUCGUCGUGGGUUGGAAAGCCAUCACAAAGCCAAUCUUCCCUCGAGCCAUCGAUGGUGAUCUCCUCAAGCUUGUCCAUCUUUCGAACGGCUUCCGCAUGCUUCCCGGUGCAGAGCCUUUGAAGAAGGGCGAUGUGCUCGAUACCACUGCUCAGAUCAAUGCCGUUAUCAACCAAGACUCCGGUAAGAUGGUCGAAGUCUGCGGCACGAUUACCCGCGAUGGUGAGCCGGUCAUGGAGGUUACCAGCCAGUUUUUGUACCGCGGAGCCUACACCGACUUCGAGAACACUUUCCAGAGGAAGACGGAGACGCCGAUGCAGCUGCACUUGGUCACUAGCAAGGACGUCGCUAUCUUGCGUUCGAAGGAGUGGUUCAACCUUGAUGAGCCAGACAUCGAGCUCUUGAACAAGACUUUGACGUUCAAGCUGCAGAGCUUCGUCCGCUACAAGAACAACACUGCCUUCUCCGAAGUCCAGACUGUGGGUGAGGUGCUGCUCGAGCUUCCAACCAAGGAGAUCAUCCAGAUCGCGUCCGUCGACUACUCGUCCGGCGCCUCUUACGGUAACCCAGUGCUUGACUAUCUUGAGCGCAAUGGAUCCGCCAUUGACCAGCCUGUUAACUUCGACAAUGCCAUCCCGUUGAACGGCAAGACCCCCCUUACCUUGAAGGCACCUGCAUCCAACGAAACCUACGCUCGCGUAUCUGGUGACUACAACCCCAUCCACGUCUCGCGCGUCUUCUCGAGCUACGCCAAUCUUCCUGGUACUAUCACCCACGGCAUGUACUCCAGUGCCGCUGUCCGAAGCUUGGUGGAGACCUGGGCGGCCGAGAACCACAUUGGACGUGUCAGGAGCUACCAUGUCAACCUCGUUGGCAUGGUGCUUCCCGACGAUAUGCUGGACGUUAAGCUCCAGCACAUUGGCAUGGUCUCCGGUCGCAAGAUCAUCAAGAUUGAAGUCUCCAACCAGGAGACGGAAGACAAGGUCCUCCAGGGUGAAGCCGAAGUCGAGCAGCCUACAACUUCUUACGUCUUUACCGGUCAGGGCUCGCAGGAGCAAGGCAUGGGCAUGGACUUGUAUGCCAGCAGCGCCGUGGCAAAGGAGGUCUGGGACCGUGCCGACAAGCACUUCAUGGACAACUAUGGCUUUGCUAUUACCAACAUUGUCAAGAACAACCCCAAGGAGCUCACCAUUCAUUUCGGUGGUCCACGCGGAAAGGCCAUUCGUCAGAACUACAUGUCCAUGACCUUCGAGACGGUCGGUGCCGAUGGAACCGUCAAGUCUGAGAAGAUCUUCAAGGAGAUCGACGAGAACACCACCUCGUAUACUUACCGCUCGCCGACUGGCCUGCUAUCUGCCACUCAAUUUACUCAACCUGCUCUUACCCUCAUGGAGAAGGCCUCUUUCGAAGACAUGCGGACCAAGGGAUUGGUACAGCGCGACAGCACCUUCGCUGGGCACUCUCUCGGAGAGUACUCCGCUCUUGCUGCGCUCGCCGAGGUCAUGCCGAUUGAGAGUUUAGUCUCGGUCGUGUUCUACCGUGGUCUCACAAUGCAGGUCGCGGUGGAGCGUGAUGAGGCCGGCCGAUCCAACUACUCCAUGUGCGCCGUCAACCCCAGCAGGAUCUCCAAGACAUUCAACGAGCAGGCCUUGCAAUACGUCGUCGAGAACAUCUCCGAGCAGACUGGUUGGCUCUUAGAGAUUGUCAACUACAACAUCGCCAACAUGCAGUACGUUUGUGCUGGCGACCUCCGCGCGCUGGACUGCCUCACCAACGUCCUCAACUACCUGAAGGCGCAGAAGAUUGACAUCCAAGCGCUCAUGCAGAGCAUGUCUCUGGAAGACGUCAAGGCGCAUUUAGUGGAGAUUAUCAAGGAGUGCGCGAAGCAGACCGAGGGCAAACCCCAGCCGAUCGACCUCCAGCGCGGUUUUGCUACCAUUCCGCUCAAGGGCAUCGACGUACCCUUCCACAGCACCUUCUUGCGAUCCGGCGUCAAGCCCUUCCGAAACUUCUUGCUCAAGAAAAUCCACAAAACAUCGAUCGACCCGUCCAAGCUCAUUGGAAAAUACAUCCCCAACGUUACCGCCAAGCCGUUCGAGCUUACCAAGGAGUACUUUGAGGACGUGUACAGGCUGACCAACUCGCCCAAGAUUGGCAACAUCCUUGCCAACUGGGACAAGUAUGAAGAAAAGGAGGAAACAAAGGUUGCGGCUGCUUAAGCGUUCCACCGUAUUGUUUGUUUAGGAUGCGUAUUGGCGUUUGGGGUUCUGACAAAAUGAUAUCCGAAUUCGUAGAUGCUCCGAGAGCGGAG